AUGUUCUCCAUUCCGGCCACGAUUGUCGCGUUGUCUGGCCACAACAUCAUGAUUGCUGAAGCAUUCGCCAACAUGACCCCCAAAACUGCUAAAGUUGAAAGCAAGCACCGCUUCCGCAACAUGAAGAAGUCCAUCGUGGCGAAGGGCGAGAGGACCAUCGCCAAGGUCGAGAAGAAGAUGAAAGCCAUCACACACUCGAAAGUGCAUGCCGAGAUCAAGAAGCGACACACUACUACCACUGUCGAGCUGCUCGACACUAAGAUGCAGCUGACUGACACUAAUGCUAAGCUCAAUGCUGAGAAGGGGUUGCGCGCGGAGUCAGAGCGGAAGCAACUCGAGGCGGAAGAGAAGGUCGAGGCUCUCACUCGAGAGGCGCAGAAUGCCAGAGAGGAGGUUGUUGCAGCAGAGGCAGCUCGCAUCAGUGCCGAGCAGCAUAUGACCCAGAUCGGCGGAGAACUCCUUGCCGCUAAGCAGGACUUCAACAGUAUCAUCGAGGACGUCCAGGUCGCGGAGAAGCGGUGGACUUUCGAGCGGGGGGCAAAUGAGGAGUAUCGCGAGGAUGCUGAGAACAAAAUCACCGAAUUGAAGCAAAAGGUCGCGAACUCGGAGAAGCAGCGCGCUGCGCUUGCUGUUGAGCAAGAUGAGUUGAAGGCUCAGUGCGAUACCACUCAAGAGGCCCUUGAGGACAUGCGCCAGGAGCUCGCCGCCCCGGAGGAGAAGUGCGCUGGCAUUUGCAGCGACAAGCAGAGACUCUCCCAGAAAUACACUACCGCCGAAGAGAAGAUCCAGACUCUUUCCACGAAGAACGACGACUUGAAGAAGCGCAAGGAGGAGUUGAAGAGCAAGAAUGAAGGCUUGCAAGAGGAGAACGACGAGCUGAAGGGCGACUUGUUUGUCCAGAAGAGCAAGGUGUUGAACCUUGAAGCACAGUCUGCGCUCCAGGGCAACGCGAAGUGUGCGCGAGCAGGCCAUGAGCAGAAGCAGCGUGCAGAUCAGCUCCAAAUUGAGCUGCAAAACCAGCAAGGCAAGACGGCGCAGUUGAUCUCAACGUUGAAGAAGAUCCUGCCAGCGGCCAUUCCAUUGCCGGACGAUGCUACGCUGGAGAACCUCGCCGCUAUGGUCAUCAAACACCACGAAUACCUCGCCGAGAAGGUCCAAGUCGCGGAGGCCAAAUUCCAAGACCUCAACUCGCACUGGAAGAUUGAAGACGAGAAGAUGCACACGCUUGCCGCCGAUGCCCGUACAAAAUUGUUCGAUGCCGGAAUCAUCACGCAAGGUGCGGCCGCUCUUGAGCAGCGCGUCAAGAUCGCCGAGCAGCACGCCUCCAAGCUCCCGAAGCUACAGGCUGACCACGAUAAGCACUUCAACGCUGCCAAGCAACUCUGCGCCGAGCUCAAGACCAAGAAGGAGAGCGUCGAGAAAUUCGGCAAGAUGAUCACCACCCAGAACGUCCAAAUCAGCCAGCUGAAGAAGGAGCUGGCGGAAUUCAAGGAUAAGGAGGGUGGUGAUGAUAGUGAGGCGAUGAAGAAGUUGAAAGGUGAACUGGAGAUGGCCAAGUAUGAGCUUGACAUGGCGCAGAUUGAAGUGAGACAGGCGAAGAAGGCUGCUGCUGGUCGUCCGGCAUAG